AAUCCGCUCUGAGCUCCCUGAAGCCGCCGCACCCGGACGGCCCCGCGGUGGUCCCGCCGGACGGCCCCGUGGUGGUCCCGUCACCGCAGCAGCGGCGGGACUCGGACCGGUACUGCCAGCUGUGCGCAGCCUGGUUCAACAACCCCCUCAUGGCGCAGCAGCACUACGACGGCAAGAAGCACAAGAAGAACGCGGCCAGGGCCGACCUCCUGGAGCAGCUGGGGAAGACCCUGGACCUGGGCGAGCUGAGAGGGCUGAAGCGCAGCUACACGUGCAGCACCUGCAGCGUCACCCUGAACUCCAUAGAGCAGUACCACGCGCACCUGAAGGGCUCCAAGCACCAGACCAA